AUGGAGCGUGAAUCGAAUCCGAUGGAGGCGCUAUGCCGCUCUGGGUGCGGUUUCUACGGAAACCCAUCGACGGAUGGCCUCUGCUCAGUUUGCUUCAAGGAGGCGUUAAAAAAGAAGCAACAACCACCUGCGACGACGCCGUCGCCAGUUUCGUCGUCAUUUGUGCCUGCGCCCGCGCCCGCCACGCCGCUCGCCGCCGCCGCGCCCACCGUGCCCUCACUGCCUGCGCAGAUACACACGCAGACAGACGUGAGGCCUUGCUUUUGUCUUUUACAUUAUCCUCAAUAUUAUACCACACUCCCUCUAGCUAAGGGCUCGUUUACACUAACAUGA